AUGGACGACAUCAACAAAACCGCUCUCACCCCUGUCGAGCUCCUCAAGGCAGACCACGCCAUCCGCGUCGCCUCUGCGCACUCUCAAACCCUGCAGCAAAACAUCACCACCCCUUCCGUCGCCAUGCACGACUCUACCAUCCCUCUCGCCCCUACCCCCGAGAUUGCCGACCUCCUCUCUCGUGUCACAGCCCUCGAGACCUCUCUCGCUCAUCAAACCCACCUCAAUGAGGUCCACGAAGCUCACACGGGCAAAAACUUCCGCGAGCAGCGCCAUGUGAACAAGGAUCGCAAGCUCCGCCUGCAGCAAACCAUGAGAGUUGUGGAGAACGGCAUGAACGACCAAUCUGUCGAGACGAAAAAGCUGGAGGUCAGAGCCAACAGUCAUGCGCUCCAGCUCAAGGAGAUGAAGAAGAGAGUGGAGAGGUGUGCUUCGGGAGGGGAGUACCUGGAGGGCAUCUGUGAGGGACUCCAGAUGGAAGUCGAGGAGUUGAAGGUGGAGAAGAGGGAGUUGCAGGAGAGGGUCAAGGAGUUGGAGGAGGAGGUGAUGGUGGUGAAGGAAAGGGAUGGUGUGCUGGAGGGAAGGGUAAAGGUCUUGGAGCGCUCGAUCAAAGGCGAAAUGCAGUUCAGACCAGGACGCAUCAACAUCGAGAAGGUGCCUGUCUUGAGUGCUCCUCAGUUCGCCGUUGGCAAUUAUUGCCUCUUUUCGAGCUUCUACUGA